GACACAUAAAAGUGUUUUAAUUCUGUGUGGUGACCAUUGAUGGUAAAGGAGAUGGCUGGCUGGGUUCUUUCUUUUUGCAUCCUUUUGGUUGUUAAUGGUGUCGGAGUUCAUGCAUCAGAAGAUUUGCAGCCUUACCGAACUGCUUUUCACUUUCAGCCUCUCAAAAACUGGAUGAAUGAUCCUAAUGGUCCAAUGUAUUUCAAUGGAGUAUACCAUCUGUUCUACCAGUACAAUCCUGGGGGUCCACUAUGGGGCAACAUUUCAUGGGGUCAUUCCAUUUCACAUGAUCUUGUGAACUGGUUUAUUCUUGAACCUGCUCUCAGUCCAAAAGAACCCUACGACAUUGGCGGCUGCUUCACAGGUUCAAGCACAAUCCUACACGGUUCAAAACCGAUAAUUCUCUAUACCGCUCAAGACGUAGAUGGCGCCCAGGUUCAAAACCUGGCCCUCCCCAAAAACCGCUCUGACCCCCUUCUAAAAGACUGGAUCAAAUGGUCAGGUAACCCUAUUCUGACCCCUGUCAAUGACAUCAACACGUCCCAAUUCCGUGACCCUUCAACGGCUUGGAUGGGUCCAGAUGGAAAAUGGAGGAUUGUGAUUGGAAGUGAGAUCAUCAAGGGCCAGGCAACCGCGCUUUUGUAUUAUAGUACAGACGGUUUUAACUGGACCAGGUCGGAUAAACCUUUGAAGUUUUCGAGAGAAACAAAUAUGUGGGAAUGUCCUGACUUCUAUCCGGUUAGUAAUACUGGCAAAGAUGGUAUUGAUACAUCUUUUCAAGGGAAUAACACAAUGCAUGUGCUAAAAGUAAGCUUCGAUAGUCAUGAUUAUUAUGUCAUCGGGAUGUAUGAUCCGCAAAUGGAUCAGUUUCUCCUUGCUACUAGUGAUUUUAACGUUAGCAACACACAACUUCAAUACGAUUAUGGGAGGUUUUAUGCAUCAAAGUCAUUCUAUGAUGGUGCGAAAAAAAGAAGGGUGUUAUGGGGAUGGGUUAAUGAAGGUGAUAAUCCCUCGGAUGCCUUCAAGAAAGGGUGGUCUGGCCUUCAGUCGUUUCCAAGGAGCGUUUGGCUUAGCGAUACUCGAAAACAGUUAGUACAGUGGCCAGUGGAGGAAAUCAAGAAGCUAAGAGCAAAACAAGUGAAUAUGGAGAGUAGAGAACUGAAGGGUGGGUCCCUCCUUGAAGUACCAGGCAUAAGUGGUUCACAGGCGGAUAUAGAAGUCGUUUUUAGUCUAUCGAAUCUGAGUGAUUUAGAGCUAAUAAAUUCAGAUAUGUCUGAUCCACAACAUCUUUGUGACCAAAAGAAUGUUUCUACGAGUGGGAGUUAUGGUCCAUUCGGCGUGCUAGUUUUCGCUUCACAGAACUUGACAGAACAAACCGCGGUUUUCUUUCGAGUAUUUAAAGGUCCUAACAAAUUUCAAGUGCUCAUGUGCAGUGAUCAAAGCAGGUCCUCAAUUGCACAAGGAGUGGACAAAAGCACAUAUGGAGCUUUCCUUGAUUUGGACCCUCUUCAUGAUAAGAUCUCACUAAGAAGCUUGGUAGAUCAUUCGAUUGUCGAAAGUUUUGGUGGAGAAGGACUUGCUUGUAUCACCGCUAGAGUAUAUCCAAAGCUAGCGAUUCAUGAACACGCCAAGCUCUAUGUAUUCAAUAAUGGCACAAAGAGUGUUACUAUGUUGAGUCUAAAUGCUUGGAACAUGAACAAGGCUCAAAUAGUUCCUAUGGAUUGAGAAACUAUGGUUUUAUAAGUAUUUAGAACAGUGUUUUGACACCUGCUUCAUGAAUCUUUCCAAUAAAAAAUAGUUCUAGUUCAUGAUUAAUUAUAUAUCUUGUUGAAUGUUGACCAACCUGAUGUUUAAAUCCCAGUGAUGGUGAAUUGUAUUCCAUUUCAGAAUA